AUGGGAAUGCAGCGAAUCGAGGAGGGAAGCAAACAACAGGCAGAGGGGAAAAACAGGCAGUCACACUACAACAACAACAACGACGACGACGACGACGACAACAACAACAAGAAGCAAAGAGCACGUCUGGCGCACAUCACGAGCACUGGAAAAGAAGACGCGGGAGAGGGACAGAGAGAGAAGAGAAGAGAAGAGAAGAGAAGAGCAGAUGCUGGAGAAGCACAAGACGUCAAUGGCAGCCAGAGCGAAGAUGAGCAUGUCAAGAGGGCUGAGCAAGCCCGGCUGCCAAAACCAACAACAGGGCACAAGCACAGAGAGAGAGAGAGAGAGAGAGAGCAGAGAGCGCGCAGAGAGCAGAGAGACGCACACACACACACUCUCUCUCUCUCUCUCUCUCUCUCUCCUCUCCAUUUCUCUCUCUCUCUCUCACACACACACACACUUACCCAGUGA